AGGAGGAGCUUCUACUUUUCCAAGCCAGAAGUCUUCUCCAAGAGAUCUAGGAGAAGGUAACAGCACAACCAGGGACUUUGGAAGAUGUCUCUCUGGUGUUGUGAGGCUGACAGCAGAAAAGCGUCAUGUGCAGAAACAGAGGUUAACACUGGUUUGUUGUUUUGUUAGAAGUAGUCAUGCAGAUACUAGGUAGUCAGCAAGAAAGGCUGCUUCUAAGCAAAAGUGCUAGAAUAGAAAUUGAUGCUAGUCAGGCUGAAGAAACUGUGCACAAGAAGUGAACUUGGUCCAGAUUGUGAGGAACAGAAUGUUUUAAACACUUCUAUUGGGACUGAUGCAGGUGAUGAAUAUGCAGAUUGGAAAGCAAUACUACAGGGAUUUUUUAAGUGCCAACAGGCCAGUAUGGACUUUUUAAAGACACAGGCAGAGAACAAAAAUGCUGAAAAGUGGGACAGAAAAAAGUUUCCUGUGUACCAGCAAGGACAGGAUGUGUCCACAUAUUUAGCAUUAUUUGAAACAACCUGCCAAAGCUAUGGUGUGCCAGAAGAGAGCUACGUGCAAAUUUUGUGGUCUCAUGCUGCGGGGAAAUUGGCAGAAGUCUUGCGGAAGUUAUCUCUUAAUGAGGCUAAAGACUAUGCUAAGUUUAAACAGCUGGCUCUCCAGCGUUUUGCCUUGACAGAGAAUCAGUUACGAGUUAAGUUCAGGAAUGCAGCACUGGAGGCAGCGGAGACCUUGACUGCUUAUAUGACAAGAUUAAUGAGGACUGCUGACCAGUGGGUGCAGGCUGAAGAAGUAAAAACUUUAUGGGACUUACAUAACUUGAUUGUUAAGGAGCAAUUUCUUUCAACCACCUCUCAGGAGGUGAAUGAAUUGCUCCAGGACAGAAAUCCAAAGAGCCUAAUGGACAUGGCAGCAGUUGCUGAGCAGGUAGCAACCAGCAAAGGUACGAGGCCAGGUCAACUACUCCCUGCAAAAGCAGCAGGAGAAAGGCAUGCAAAUAGCCACUUCCCAGGAAGAAGCUCCAGGGCAGUAAAUGUGCAUCUUUUGCUAUUCUAAUCUGUCAUAUCCAAUUCAAAACAUCUUAAAGAAGUUCUGGUUCCUGGUAAGGGACCUGCCAGGAUGCCAAAUGUUCCUGAAAAUUGGUUAUAGUAGAACUAGGAACCUGGGAGAUGUCCUGGUUAGAUUGGACUUUCAUAAGGUUUCAGAUUAUACUAUGAACAUUGGUGACCAUUUUAAAUGCGGGGCAUGCUCUACGUGCCCUUUAUCUUUGGAACUGAGACAAUUUGUAUGCCCAUAAACUGGAUAUAGAGUAUAUUUGAGAGACACCACAACCUGCUCUACUAAACAAUGCAUUUACAUCAUAUUAUGCCCAUGUUCUAAGAUCUAUUUAGGGAGCAUGACAUGUGUCAUUUGGACACGUGUCCUUGAGCACAAAUCUAGAAUUAAAAACUUAGUGAUAGAUGCUCCUCUCACUGAGUAUUUUAGGGAUCUACAACACGACCCCAAUUUGCUAAGAUUUUUUGUGGUCAAAAAGUUCCCUCAGUGACUACAGGGAAAGGUGGGCAUCAUGAAGUGGUUAUUAAAAUGGGAAAUGAGAUGGAUUUUUGUGCUGCGGACUUUAGCGCUGUUGGGGCUUAACAACAGUUGGGAUCUUUCUUGUUUGUAAUUGUUUUUAAAAAAAUUGUCAGAUUAAGUUGUAUUAGGUUUACUUACCAUCAUAUAUGAAUAUAGGGAGGAAUCAUUGUUAGAUGAAUGUAAGCUGCAGCUUUAAGAACAUUGUAAGUGCAUUCACCUGUGGGCUUUAAAUUCAGCGUCUCUUAGAAUGGGUUAGGACAGGGGUGGGGAACAGUGGCUGUCCAGAUAUUUUUUGCCUACAACUCCCAUCAGCCCCAGCCAUUGGUCAUGCUGGCUGGGGCUGAUCGGAGUUGUAGGCAAAAAACAUCCGGAGAGUCACUGUUCCCCACCCCUGGGUUAGGAAAUUGACCAUACCUUGUGAGAUUUGUUGCGAGCAGCGAGAUGUAAUGAAUUUGUUAGAUGGUAUGAAUUUUCCCACACUAGAGACUUUCCCACAGUGUAUGCUUAAUAUUGUAUGAAUAUUUUGUAUAGUUUAACAUUUUGCUUUUGUGUACAGCUUGUAGAAGCAAGUGCAAAAUGUGGGACCAAAGUACUACCGUGUCGUGUUCCAAAACUUAUGUGCCUUGCUGUACAAAACGAUAAGUUUUUGGAGCAUCGUUCUCUAUUUGAAAUUCUUCAGUGCAAAAAAACUUCUUCUGGAAGUAUUGUUCUUCAUGAAAGACUUGACCAUUUGAAUUUCUGCCUUCAUCCAUCCUUUGGAAUUUCCUGGACAUUGAUUUGUCUGUAAAUGACUUUGGGUGAAAGUUUAUGUUCUUUAUUUGCCAUUUAUAUAUGGAAUGCUUUUGCACAAUUGAAUAUAAAUUUCUAGUAUUUGUAUUUA